AUGGCGAAGCAGACCCUCGCAGAUAUCCUCCCCGCCGCGCCGGAGCCGGUCGGCCCCCUCGCCAAUUACCGCAUGCUUUCGCCCACUGCCUCGGUCCGCGUGAGCCCGUUGUGCCUCGGGGCGAUGAACCUGGGCGACGCUUGGAAGGGUUACAUGGGCGAGUGCGACAAGAAGACGGCGUUUGAGCUGCUCGACUACUUUGUGUCCCAGGGCGGCAACUUUAUCGACACGGCCAACAACUACCAGGACGAGCAGUCGGAGCAGUGGAUCGGCGAGUGGAUGGCCGAGCGCGGCAACCGUGACCAGAUUGUGCUCGCGACGAAAUAUACGACGAAUUACCGCGCAGGAACGCACAGAAAAGGCGAAAUACUCAUUAAUUACCAGGGGAACGGCAGCAAGAGUCUGCACGUGAGCGUCCGGGACAGCCUGAAGAAGCUCAAGACGGAUUACAUUGAUCUGCUGUGGGUUCACUGGUGGGACUAUUCUUGCGACGUAUCGGAGCUGAUGAUCGCACUUAAUCAUCUAAUUGCCUCUGGAAAGGUUUUAUACCUUGGUAUCUCGGACGCCCCGGCGUGGGUGGUCAGUAAAGGCAACGAAUUUUCUCGAGCCCAUGGAUUGAAACCCUUUUCAGUCUAUCAAGGGCGUUACAGUGCCGCGAGUAGAGACCUAGAGCGGGAGGUAAUUCCGAUGGCAAGGGUCGAGGGCAUGGGCAUCUGCCCCUGGGGCGCUCUGGGCGGCGGCAAGUUCAAGUCCGAGGAGCAGUGGAAGGCGGCGGAGAAGGACGGCGGGCGCGGGGUCCAGGCCUCCGAGGCCGAGAAGAAGGUCAGCAAGGUCCUCGAGGACAUUGCCAAGCGCAAGGGCACGCUCAUCACCAGUGUCGCCCAGGCGUACGUCAUGCACAAGACGCCGUAUGUCGUGCCCAUCGUGGGCGGGCGGAAAGUGGAGCACCUCAAGGGCAACAUUGAGGCGCUCAACCUCACGCUGUCCAGGGAGGAGAUUGACGAGAUCGAGGCGGCUGUUCCGUUUGAUAUCGGGUUCCCCGGGUCCAUGCUCUGGGCUGGGGGGAAGUUGCCCGAACACAUGGGAGAAGUUCGCCUCCUCGCCAUGGGUGGUCGUACCUUGUACGAGCCGACAUAUGUGCCAAUUCCAGCGGCCAGGUUCGCGAGCAAGCAGUAA